CACUGAAACGCCUUUGGUCACUGGUCGCGAGUAAGGGGGGCGUAAAGUAAUCCGCCAUUUUGUCCCCGAGACAAUUUAGAUUUAUAAUUAUUUUAAACCUGUGUGAAUAUAACUAAUCCUUGUAUAAAAGUGAUAAUUCGGAGGCUGUGCAGUGUUUUGAGGAGCUGUGAUAUUUGUGUCUCCAGUUAUUUUUGUUUACUUUCAUCUUGACGUUUUAUAACUGACCGAUUUUGACGUCGUAUAAAGCUCAAGAUAAUCAAAAUGGGCACAAGAGAGGACGAAUACGAUUAUUUGUUCAAAGUGGUCCUAAUAGGAGACUCGGGCGUUGGCAAAUCCAGUCUUCUCUCUCGUUUCACUAGAAAUGAAUUUAAUUUAGAGUCCAAAUCAACAAUAGGCGUGGAAUUCGCAACAAGAAGUAUAGAGGUGGACGGCAAAACCAUAAAGGCCCAGAUAUGGGACACGGCCGGGCAGGAGCGGUACCGCGCGAUCACGUCCGCGUACUACCGCGGCGCGGUGGGCGCGCUGCUGGUGUACGACAUCGCCAAGCACCUGUCCUACGAGAACGUGGAGAGAUGGCUGCGCGAGCUACGCGAUCACGCCGACCAGAACAUCCUGAUCAUGCUCGUCGGGAACAAGAGCGAUCUCAGGCAUCUUAGAUCCAUCCCAACAGAAGAGGCAAAGGCAUUUGCGGAAAAGAACGGUCUUAGUUUUAUUGAAACUUCCGCUCUGGAUUCUACUAAUGUGGAACCUGCAUUCCAGAAUAUCUUAACUGAAAUCUACAGGAUCGUAUCGCAGAAGCAGAUGCGGGACCCGCCCGAGGGCGACGGCGCGGUGAUCCGCGCGGACGUGGAGCCCGCCGAGCACACCGCCUCCGACAGCGUGCGCCGCCAGUGCUGCCAAUAGACAGAAUAUCCAGUCAAUAUAGAAAAGCCGGAGAGAAAACAGUUGGAAACACUGAACGCAACCAUUAUGAAUCAUUCCCAGACAGUGGUCUCAGUCGCCCACUCGUCCACCAUCACAACACUUCGGCACGGCUGUCUUCACGGCCUUAGCUGAGGAAAAUAGGUUCUUCCUAAUAUCAGAAUAUUUCAUUGUUGACCAGCCUUACGUCUUAAUAAACCUGUAUUUAUUAGUCAUGUCGUUGUCUGACAAAAUGUAGCCUUUUCUUGGUUGUAAAUCAGGCGCCGCUGGCAUUAAGAUGC